GAUCACAUACAGGGGUACACGCUCGCCUAGACGGCAUUUUAUUGACCGUUUCUAUUGCGAUAUUCCCAGUGUUAAAGGCCGCCGUAUAAAACAUUUAGCUUUACUUAAGCAAAACUCAACAAUUCGUGUACCGUUGGCGUAGUGAAACGCAUAUUACCCAGUGAUUGAUCAACGAGUGUGACGCCUUUUCUGUUCUACCUAGCAACGUAAAUAUUAAAUUGCAAUAACAAGAGAUGCGCUUUGGACGAUUCUAUUUGUCGGCUGUACCUGAUGUUUUGCGCUAAUUAGUAAUAAUUGUGUUCGUGACAUAGUCAUCGUAACGUCGCUGUUACACAACCACUCCAUUGUUUACUAAGGAAGUCGGCAGUCCGUCAGUCGCGCUCCCUUUGAAGAAUCAUAUCCGAGAAGAUGCCCACGACAGUACACGAAAAUAUAGCUCUUCUUAACAUGAUGUCCUCGGACAAUCUGGAUGAUGAUUUAAAGACUGUUCAGCUCCAUUUUCCAUCGGAGCGCCGAUUGCAAAGCGACGGCGCAUGCGUAGAAGAGAGGGUGAGAACCUCGCGUGGCGACAUCCUAGUGGCGGUCCGCGGGGACCGCAAGAAGCGUGCCAUCAUCACAUACCAUGACCUCGGCCUCAAUUAUGCCGCGAAUUUUCAAGCAUUUUUUAAUUUUGUUGAUAUGAGGGCUAUUUUGGACCAGUUUUGCAUCUACCACGUAAACGCUCCGGGCCAAGAAGAAAGCGCCCCGACUUUGCCCGAAGAUUUCGUUUAUCCGACUAUGGACGAGCUAUCUUCUCAAAUUGACUUUGUCCUCGGCCAUUUCGGCAUCAGGUCAUUCAUUGGAUUCGGAGUCGGGGCCGGAGCGAAUGUGCUAUCCCGUUAUGCAAUCAACAACCCUCACAGGGUCGACGCCUUAAUUUUGAUCAACUGCACAUCCACACAGGCGGGCUGGACCGAAUGGCUUUACCAAAAGAUAAACACGAGACAGUUACGAUCGAACGGAAUGACCCAAGGGGCCCUGGAUUACCUCAUGUGGCACCAUUUCGGGAGAAGCACCGACAAUCGCAACCACGACUUGGUUCACGUCUACAAAGAGUGCUUCUCACACAUGAACCCUGUAAACUUAUCCAUGUUAAUCGACUCGUACCUGCGUCGCUCUGACCUAGCGAUCGCGCGGGACAGUAACACUUUUAAAGUCCCAGUGCUGAAUGUAACAGGUGGGCUCUCACCACACGUCGAAGACACCGUCACGUUCAAUGGCCGCUUGGAGCCAGCGAAGACCUCUUGGCUAUGUAUCUCGGAUUGUGGAAUGGUGCUCGAGGAGCAACCGAAUAAGAUAUCUGAGGCUUUCCGAUUAUUCCUUCAAGGCGAGGGCUACUGCAGUUAGUUAUGUUUCCAAGGGAGCAUGGUUCAUGCGACGUCGACGCCGCUACAUGUUACAUAGAAGUGCACAGGCUUUCCCCACGCGAGCUUCCGUCGAGUUCGCUCUGCAUGCAUUGGAAUCGUAGGUCAAAAUUGUUAUGCCUUGUUUUAGAUGUAAUUACGAAAUACAAUAUUUAUUUUACGGCUUUAA